CGCGCAUGCGCACUCGCGCCCUUUAUUAAGGUUGGCGCCGGCGCCAGCUGAUGUCUGUUCAUUUCUGCUGCAGCUGGUGUUGGAACUAUUUUGCCCUUUGGAAAAAUGUCAAGACGCAGUUGCCGUAACACACUUCAAGAACGAGAUGCAAACACAGCUGACCAAAAUAGAUGUUCAAGGAAGAGAAAAGCUGAGUGCAAAAGAAAAACGCCAGCAUCCAAGAAACAAAGUUAUGAAAUUCAGAACCGGUGGGAAGAAGGAGAUGUUAGCCCAUGCGUCCUUGUCGAGACUCCUCACAAGGAGCUUGAAGAGACUAGUAACUUGUCUGGUUUUAAACGCUUCCGGUUCAAGAAUCUUUUCAUCAAGCCCUCACCACUGCCUUGUCUGAGCUGGGCCAGCUCGGAUGAUGUGUGGAUUAAGAUGCUGAAUAAAGAACUGAAGUAUAUCCAUGAUAAAACCUUCAUGCAGCAGCACCCCAGCCUGCAGCCAAAAAUGAGAGCCAUUCUCCUUGACUGGCUUUUAGAGGUGAGUGAGGUGUAUACGCUUCACCGUGAGACCUUUUACCUUGCUCAAGACUUUUUUGAUCGCUUCAUGCUGACCCAGGUAGCCAUUGGAAAGAACCAGUUGCAACUCAUUGGCAUUACUUCUCUAUUCAUUGCAUCUAAACUGGAGGAAAUCUACCCACCAAAGCUUCAAGAGUUUGCUUAUGUCACAGAUGGUGCCUGUGAUGAAGAUGAAAUCCUUGAAAUGGAGCUGCUCAUGCUAAAGGCUUUAAAUUGGCAUCUCUGUCCGGAAACUCCCAUCUCUUGGUUAAAGCUUUAUGCUCAAGUAGGCUCUCUGAAGGAAGGACCAAAUUUUCUUGUGCCUCAGUUUUCUCAGGAAAUCUAUAUACAAAUGACGCAGUUGCUGGACCUUUGUAUUCUGGACAUUAACUCAUUAGACUAUCAGUAUGGUGUGCUGGCUGCUGCUGCAUUUUGUCACUUUACCUCAAUUGAAACUGUGCAGAAAGUAUCUGGUCUGACAUGGGACAGUAUAUCCAGCUGUGUACGCUGGAUGGCCCCCUUUGCUAGCACUGUAAAUGAAUAUGGCCAGCCGAAACUGAAGGAUUUCAAAAAGGUUGCAGCAGAGGACCGGCACAACAUCCAAACUCAUGUGGAUUAUCUGUCCAUGUUGAAUGAUGCUCAGCAGCGACAGCAGGAGAACCUGAACCGAUUGUCUCCAGUGGCAGUCGGCGGUUUGCUGACUCCGCCCAAAAGCACAGAAAAGCCCAGUAAUGUGUGAAAGGCUCAAGAACAAGCUGCUGUUUCUGAUCCAUACCACCUGGCAGUCAACAUAAGCAUGCCUUUCUCCUUGUGUGCAAUGUAUUUUUGGACCCACAUGCAGUUUCAACAGUUCUAGAACUGAGCUUGUAGAACAGUGUUGAGCAUUACAGGAAGGGGCAAGAUACUGUGUUUUUAUUUAAAUAACAAUGGUCAUGACCUCACAGGAUGGUGUUUACCUUGAAGCCGUGAAGUGUGCCUUUCAAAGACUGAACAGGAAAAUUGUUUACAAGUAUUUUAAGGCCUAAACAGAAGUUUAGGACUUAUUUUUCAAGCAUACUGAGAGCAAUGCAGAGUUGUAGAUGAUAUUGCUCAUGUUUGUCUUGUGGGGUUUUUUUUUUUUUUUUUUUUUUAAAGCUGUGUAAGUGUGUGAAUAUUCAUGGACUAAACUAUGUUGCCAUAGGAUUUCUAGUCAGUGCUGCUCUAAACCUCUGGUCAUUGUGAAGCUGAACUGCAGCAUGGAGUCAUGGAUGCUGGUGUGUGGAUGAGUCGAGUCGUUCUCCCACAUACAUUGUUUUGAAUUUUAAUUCUUACAAACAUGUUUCUUGCUUUUAUUUCACUCUGAAAGAAGUUUUGAUUUUUAGAAUUGCAAAAGUAUUUUGCAUAUUUAUGAUGCUACCUUUUUAUUUUAAAUGUAUUGAAUUUUCAUAAUGCUAUGAAUUUCCUUUCAUUUUAUUGCCAAAGGCAAAUAUUUAAUUCAGUGGGUGCUUAUUUAUGAAAUAUUGUAAGAUGCAGUAUUCUACUGGACCUUACUUUUGUAGCAUAACUUGAUUUAUAAUUUCUUUAACUCUCAGAAUUGGGAGCCAAAAGCCGUGCCUGUAAAGUAGAUGGUGUAAAACUGUAUAUAAGAGAAUGUGUACAUAUGGUUGUCUUGACAUAAUUUCCCUGCCUUAGUUAUUAAAAAAUUAAUUGAAACUUA